AUGAUCAAGGAUAUUAUAAAGAAUAAAUAUGAUUCUCCUUACUUAUCCUGGAAAAAGAUCCCAAAGCCGGUUAGAGAUAUAUGGUUUGGAGAAUUUCAGAAAGAAUUUAGGUGGUUGCCUGAGUACAGCACGAGGAUCAGAACAAAUUUUGAGAGGAGAGGAGCGACCCGUCUCAAGGACAUGUUCACGAACAUUAAAAAGUCCGGGCAGCAUCCUAAUUGGAUUGGAGAGGGCGUUUGGGCUGAUUUGAGUAGUGCUUGGGCGACCCCUGAGUUUGUAAAAAUGAGAGAGCAGAAUAAACAGAAUGGAGGCUCUGACUGUGGUGGUUUAUGUAGCUCUCUUCAUACUGGUGGAUCUGUACCUCACACGGAACAUAGACGGCGACUGGAUGAUUUUGUACGAGCUCGAGAAAGCCGCCAGUCCCUUGGUGAGGGAUCAUCUUCAGGAUCAGCCCACACUUCUGAGUAUCAUACUUGGUUAGAUGUUGUUGGUGGAAGACAGAGGGAGAGGAUAUAUGGCUUGGGUAUACAGGGCUAUGCUUAUGAGGGUUUCCGGCGGCUAACCGGCGAUUUAGCCGCCGGAAAGGACGAUACCAGACGGUUUUUAUGA